UUGCCAAAGUUGGCUCUCUUAUGCACGCUACUACAAUACUACUGGUCUAAGAGAAAGUACACAACUGCCUACCAAGCUCGACGUCCAGCUUAAACGGAAGGAGUUAACCUUUGAUUCUGGAAACACGUUUGUACCAGUAUUGACUAAAACUAGAGAUAUAUCAAGGAUAUUACAAUUGCCGGGUGAUCCACAUGGCGGUAACUUUCUGCUCUCGUGGCGUCAGCGGCCUAGAACAGUGUUGAUUAUAAAGAAGCCAAACGACAGCAAGACAGAAGCGGCACUUGUGGAUGUUGCAAGGUAUGGACGGCCAUUGAAAUGAAAAAUCAGAUUAUCUGUAUCAGACGCGGGAUGGCAAUUGACCACACACUGUACAGCUGGCUACAUGAGGAAUACCCAGACCUCAACAUUGUAGUAGAGUCAGCGGUUGCAGAGCAUUUCCGAGAGAAGCUUCCUUUCGUGUUUGUCAUACCCAACGAUCAUAAAGCUGAAUAUUCGAGAGUGGUGGACUUUGCUAUCACAUUGGGAGGCGAUGGCACCAUGCUUCAUGUAUCUUCACUGUUUCCAAAGGCUGCCCCUCCGGUGCUAUCUUUUUCAAUGGGAACGCUGGGAUUCUUAAUGCCUUUCGACAUCCGAAACUACAGAUCCGUUUUAUCUGAGGUUGUGGAAAACAAAAAUGAUUUAUCUUUGCUGCUGCGAAUGCGAUUGUUUUGUUCCUUGCACCUUCCGAAUGGAGAACGACUUGUUCGCGACGGAGUCGAAAUAUGUGAUAGGCAAGUCAUGAACGAACUAACUCUGCAUAGGGGCAGAUCACCUCACCUGACGGCGAUAGAGUGUUUCGUGGACGGUCAGUAUUUGACUGAUGCCAUAGCGGACGGCCUGAUCAUAUCAACCCCAACUGGGUCCACAGCGUAUUCUCUAUCCGCUGGUGGCCCCAUUGUUCAUCCAGCCGUAGAUACGCUUGUUAUUACCCCUAUUUGUCCACGGUCGUUAUCAUUUCGAACUGUAUUACUGCCAACAAGCUCCAGAGUUCAAUUAAAGAUUGGUGAAAGUAGCAAAAGCCCAGUGGAGGUAUCUAUGGAUGGACGAGAGAUUUAUAUGCUGGAAAGAGGGGAAUAUCUCCAGGUUCGCAUGUCAAAAUACCCCAUGCCUUGCAUCAACCGGGUCAACGAAGGUGUUGAUUGGGUAAAGGAUAUCAAUGACCUUCUUAAAUGGAACCAGAACUUUGAGCAAAAACAGUUAAAUUGAUCAUUUGGAAGAUAUAUCAAAAGUCCAAGCUGGUCUUGAGUCUAUCUCAUUAAAAGUACACAUGCAUAAAAUCAGAC